CUGGCAUUUUUCACCCAAUUUGUGGUGGAGAUACUUAUGUUUGCGUGUACAUGUUUAUUUCGUUAGUACUUAUUGUUAGAUAAAUGUACUUUUUUGGGAAAGUUAGUAUUCAGUCAGCCAGUCAGUCUGUCAUCCCAACCAGCCGGCCGGUAUGGUUGCUUGUGUGGAUGACAGUGCUAUCGCUGAAUCUGAACGAAAUUGCAUUCCAAAGAUGUAACAGCAAUUCGACGAGAUUUUCAAAUCGUUUUGUAUAAAAACGAUACAUUUGUUGGGAAACACCAUCACUCAUCUGCCACAGUUCGACGUUGGAAAAGGCAUAGCAUCAUAGUUUGAGUCUACGUGAAUCGUGUUGCCACUGAGUAUUCAAGGAACUGGAGGAUUCUGAGCUUAUCGAAGGCUCUCUAAACUAGAGAAGGCAAUAUGAAGAGGUUUUCAGUCCUGUGCGUCUUGCUCCUUGCGGUGGUUGGCGCACCUGCAACCCAUGUGAAUAUUUCGAUUUCCCAACAACAGGCAAAAAGUUCAGCCCACUCUGCAUCUACGCCAAUUAUAGCAGAUCAUUCGAAACUGAAGUCCGAAUCAGGCGAAGUCUUUUCGAGUGAAGGACGAAGUGCGAGAAUUCAAAUUGAAAACAAGGAUGAAUCGAAAUCACACUUUGCCAAUCACCGAACAGACGGUUCCGAAAUAGGCGGACAUAGUAACCAUCGUAGUUUCGUACAGUCGGGACAUUAUGUUGCAGAGCCCGAAUUCCAGUUCAAGGGAAUGUACCAAUCCAGUCCGAUUGAAUACCAGCGCAAUGCUCAGUUUCGGCGAAUGGAUGAACAGCAAAAACAGAAUAUGGAAUUUGAACGUUAUAUUCAGAACUUCCACAGUGGCCCAACGGUUGAAACGGUAUUCGAAUCGGCGGAUGCCAUGCCCUCCUCCCAUGCCACCUCAUCGCGUGUUAGUAGCGAGGGAUCUCAAAUGCAGCGCAGUGGUAAAAUUGUCCAGUUUGAACGUCAGGUUGCAUUGCCGGCUCCGGUUACAGAAACCGAGAAGCAACAGCAUUCGCAACAAAGUACUCAGCAUGCCUCGUCGGUAGGGACAUCCACCGCCUCGGCUAAGACAACGACAUCGAACUCAGGCGUGCCCAGUGUAUCUGUAAGCACGGCAGGUGGCUCCAGCCUCAACAUUAACAUCAAUCAAAGACCAGCCUCGGUGGGCAGUGAUGGAUUGAACUUCGAUCAGUCGAAUAGCUACAACAAACCAAACUACAAUGACGCCAACAACUUCAAAUAUCAUAACGACGGUUCUUCAGAUAGUCACUUCCACAAUCAGUAUCCCCCUUCGGUGGAAGAACCCCAAGGUGGCUAUGGGGGUUAUUUUCAGCCUUCGAGCCAUAAUGCUGGCGGUCAAGAAACUCAGUUCUACAAUGGCAAUGGCGGUUAUGACCAUUCACAACUGGGUGGUCAGGGUUAUCUGCCACCGGAAACGGUUAAUCAACGACCUGUCGUGACCAAGACCAUUCAAAUCGCCCAGCCUGCUAUCAAAACGAAGAAAUACGAAGUGCGUCAUCCAGCCAUCCAAAAGGAAUUUUACGACAUUGAGGAACGGGUUGUCAUAAAACCGGCCGGAACCGUGGUUGUAGAACUGGAAAGACCUGUUGCGAAGAUACCGAAAGGGGAAUCGAUCCUACCCUUGGGUCAUCCCCAUCCUGCAGUGGCCAAUGCAUAUAUGAACAAUGGCAACACGCCUGCCUUCAGCAACAUAAUUUACAGUGCUGCUGGAUCAUCUAAUCAGGGCAACCAGGCCAACAAUCAAUACCCCCAUGGCUACAAUUCCAAGCAGUCAAAUGAUCGUUCCACAAUUAGUGGGUCUACUAUUGCCUCGUCCAUCACUUCAACGCCAUCGUUCGAUCAGGGUACCAAAGUCAUGGCGGUCGAAGCCAAUCUAAAUAAACAGUACAAUGGGGAGAACCAUUAUUCCGCAACUGCCGCACCCGUCACAGAAGACCCCAAACUUCGCAGCCGAGAAGUGAUUGUAGUCACCGAUGGACAGGGUAAUCAACGCCAGGUGUCGUCCGAUCGGUUCCCCUAUUCCCAAACAAGAUCAGGAUACAAUUUACGUUCCUAUUCCAACCAAAAUGUGGCGCCCCAACGGCCAAGCAAUGUCCAGUCAACUUCGUCCAACCGCGAGCCAUACAACUUCGAUGCCGAAUACGUUAAUAUCGGUGCAAAUGGCAACAUAGCCAGAGACUCCAAACCGGCCCGUUUGGAAGAAGCCCCCAUACGAAUGGAACCGGUAAUAAAACAUGGACAUAGCAUCGCUUUGCCUGCUAGCCAGCAUAAAAUUUACCUCACACAAAAGUACGCAGUGCCGCAAACUCAAUAUGUCGAGGAAAACGCCCAUGUUCAGGAGGUGACUCCGCACCACUUAAUCAACCGCAAAGGACCAGUUGUGGUAUAUGCAACUAGUAAACAUAGACCAGAAGUUUCAUUCAGACAAAGCGGCUCGGCGGCGGACUAUCAACCCCAUACAAUAACUGCUGGCUAUCGUUCCUCAAGUGCUGUGGCCGAAAAAUCCGUCGGCAGUAGUCGUUUGGAAAUCAGUGCUCCGUAUGCCCAAAUGCGUUACAACUCCGAUGAACGCAGCACGAUUAACAACUAUGCAGCGAAUCAAAAUUUAGGCAACGACCGGGAAAACCGUAAAUUCGGUCGGCUUAUUACGGAGGAAAAGAACGCCAAAGAGGGGAGCUCAAUCUCCAAUGCCAGUGGUGGUAUGAAUACAACUCGUAUGGAAGGACCACAAACCCACAUUGAGAUUAAUAUCCCGGAAUCUUCACAAAGUUCGAACAAACCUAUCACCGUAAGUUCCACCAUCAGACCCAUGAUGUCCGACGAUGGCAAAGCCACCCACAACGCAAAGUUAGAAAUUUCAGUUACAAACAAUGGGGAACCGAAAAAAGAUGAUAUGCCGCUGGCUGAGGACAUCAGUUCCAAAGAAAUACGUGACAGGGAAUACGUGACCAGCUCCCAGGACAGCGUCGAUUGUGAUAAAACAACAAAAAUGGACUCGAAACAAGCGGAUCACAAAUUCAUGCGGCUCGUUGAGGCUCCCAGUGAAUCCCACGAUUCAUCUUCCGAAACCAGUUCAUCCUCUUCGACGCAUCAACCCACCAAUGUAGAUGUUACCAAUAAAGGGUCAUCCGGUCAUGUUAUUUCAUCUGGGCACUCGGGUCAUGCUGCCACGCCCGGAUCUCGAGUCAUUGCUGCAACACCAGCACCUAGAGAUUCUACAGCUGGCAGUGAAAGUUUCCACAAACGUCGGAUCGUAGUUAACCAUCCAUUCCAGACCGUGCGCGAGGUUGUUGAGCAUGAACCCUAUACCAAUUAUCACGAAGUCCAGGUAAGUGAACCUGCCUCGCCAGCCCUGUACCACUCAGCUGCGUAUUUCCGCAGCCACGGUGCUCUGCGCCAAGCUCCGACCGAGGAACGUCACAUCGGAACACCGAUUUUCUACAACUGAUGAUUCCAGAGAACUCCGGCUAGUGGGCUAACCUUGACAUCAUCCGACAAAUGUGUACAUACCAAUUAUUAACGUCUAUCUUACGCAUGUCCUGCGACUAUAUGGUGGUGGUUGGGUACGAUUAAGUUUAAGCAUUAUUUCUUGUAUACCGUCACAAUAAAG